CCCCGCGCGCGCGGGCGGAAGCCGCCCCGAGUGGGACUGUCCGCGCUCCCUCCGCAGCGGGAGGGACCGGGAGUCGCGUACCCCCGUUCCUUAAUUACCCCCGCUCCCGCAUUCCCCCCACCCCGCGCCGAAGGGAUGGCGGCGGCGGGCGUGGCCCUGCUCGCGGGACUGCUGGCGCGGCUGGCGCUGGUGCUGUACGGGCUGCACCAGGACCGCGCCAUGCGGGUGCGCUACACCGACGUUGACUACCGGGUGUUCACGGACGCGGCGUGGCUGGUGACCGAGGGGCGCUCGCCCUACCGGCGGGCUACGUACCGCUACACGCCGCUCCUGGCCUGGCUGCUGACGCCCAACGUGUUCCUCGCCGAGGCCUUCGGGAAGCUGCUCUUCGUGGCCGGGGACUUGGCGGCUGCUGUCGUCGCCUACCGGGCCUUGCGCCGCCGAGGGGCCGCCGCUGGCCGCGCCUGUGGGUGCUGCGCCGCCGCCUGGCUCUUCAACCCCCUGCCCAUGGCCGUGUCCAGCCGGGGCAACGCGGAGGCGCUGGUGGCGCUGCUGGUGCUCGCCACCCUGUACUGGGUGGAGGCUGGCAGCGUGGGCAAGGCCGCGGUGUGCUACGGGCUGGCCGUGCACAUGAAAAUAUAUCCCCUGACCUACGCSCUGCCCAUAGCGCUCCAGCUGCGCACCAGGCGCUGCCGCGGGGAAGGGGCGCUCGAUGCAGGSGGUGACAAAACGGCAAAGUUCACGUUCAUGGCGCGUCUCUGGCACCUUUUUGUAAAGACGGUGAACCGCGACGUACUGCUCUUUGGGACGGUUGCCGGAUCGGUGCUGGCUGCCUUGACUGUGGCAUUUUAUCACAUCUAUGGCUGGGAGUUUUUGGAGCAUGCUUACCUCUAUCACCUGACCAGGAGGGAUAUCCGUCAUAACUUCUCUCCUUAUUUCUACAUGUUGUACUUGACAGCAGAGAGCGAAUGGAGUUUUGCCCUUGGGCUUGCUGCUUUCYUGCCCCAGCUUCUUUUGCUCCUGGUUGUGUCCAUAGCGUUCUACAGAGAUCUUGCCUUCAGUUGUUUCCUACAUACCGCUAUUUUUGUGACUUUUAACAAAGUAUGCACAUCCCAGUACUUUGUCUGGUAUCUCUGCCUUUUACCCGUUGUAAUGCCUAGUAUUAAGAUGUCCUGGAGGCGUGGUGUAGUGCUUCUUUUUCUGUGGUUCUUUGGACAAGGCCUGUGGCUUACUCCUGCAUACUUUCUGGAGUUCAAAGGAUAUAACACUUUCUUAUUUAUAUGGUUGGCAGGACUGCUUUUCCUUUUAAUUAAUAGCCUCAUAAUUGUUCAGAUUAUUUCACAUUAUCAAAUAGAAGCACAAGUUGCAAAAAAAUUGAAACAAUGGUAAUAAACUGACCAAAAUCCAGAUAUAGCCCUGCUGUUCUUGAUAAGGCAUUACCUAUCACCAGCACUUUGUUUAACAAAAGUACACUUGAUUUGUAUWAAAGCAAACUGUUGUACUGUUUCAGGGCUGUAAGAGCACUGAUUGGCCUCAGUUACUCUGAGCAGCCCCAGUCCUGCACUGAGCGGUGUCAGCAGGUGUACCUGUGUGGGUCUUGAAACUGCAUUGCAACCCUGCCUCCAGCUCUAUGUCCUCCUGCUCCUGACUGGAAUCCCUGGAAGCUCCCUGGACCAGUUCAUCACUUAACCAUGCCCUGCUCUUUGACCCCUGUGCUGGGGUCACCCUCAGUUCCUGCUCAUACUCCCUCAUGGAGUAACCCUGGCACCAGUUUUUCUCAUGCUCAGUGUUAGUCUGCUUGUUGAAGACCUUGGCCUUUGUCUAGAGUAACACAGAAGAUUAUAAAGGUGUAUUGGAGUUUGACAGUUUUGUACAUUCCAAUAGGUCAGCGGAGUCUUUUGCAAGGCAUUUGCUCAAUAUGUACACUGGGGGUUAUUUUUUUAUUUCCAUAGUAACAUUUUAGCUAUGCAGCAUUUCAGGUCCGUGCCUGGUCUUUAUGUCCUUGACUUCUUGAGACUUUGUUUUAGAAUUCAGGUAUGCUACUCUUUCACUUACUUUUGCAUAUUCUGUUCUGUUUGAAUUUUUGAAUAAUUUAUCUUUGCCAUGGAAGAAGAAUUUAUGAUAUGUCUGUCUGGGAUCACAGAGACAUAUAAAGCUUAAAUAUUUGUUUCUUGCUUCCAUGAUCUAGAAAAGAGGCCACCGCCUUACAUAUCAGUUAAUAUACAGUUAUUGUGGGUGUUAACAGUAGCAAAUGCAGAGUCAAAGUACAGCUAGAAUGGCACUUGUGUCCCAAAAGCACUAGAGUUUAUACCAAAACAGUAAUUGGAAAUGUAGUUUCUCAGUGGUUCUGUUUCUCUGCUAUUAAAAAAUAUAUGAAAAAAUGAAAGGAGUUKAGGAAAUUAAGCAGUUGCCAGAAGGGAAAUUUUGAAAUAGAAAGGUCUACAACCUGUCAAAACACAUUUAUCCCAGAGGAGAAACARGAAGAUGUGGAAUUGAAUGUCAGGUGAUGGUGAGAGGAAAGCAGAGCCAUUUAGGAAUCAAUACCCUCAAGAACAUCCCAAAGAGGUCUGAUAUACACAGCUUUUGACAGAGGUGGAAACUGACAAGGUAUUUCAAUAAAAUGUAGUUUAAAUAGGCAUAUGGCAAAUACAAGAAUUUUCAUAUUUGCCUUAACUUCUAAUUACAUCCUAUGUAAAAGUGAAAUCUCUUAAUGUGUAACACACAGCAGGGCUUCAAGGCCAAAUGGCUUCAACCACUUUGCAAAAUUCCCAGUGAUGUCAUUGGGAAAGAGUGUGGCCAAGUGGAUUUGCCAAGAUGCCUCUCAACCCUGCUGUCUCCUGAGACAUCCCUCUUCUUCAGGACUGCAGUACAUCCCAGCUAUCCCACUACAGGGCUUCCUUCCCUAGUGCUACCUUUGAGAUGGAAUUACAGUUUUUUGGUUUAUGAGCCUCUCCUACUGCUUCUCAGCCCAGCUGAGGUGGUUACAUGAAAAGAGAGGAAGCCCAUGAGCCUCCACAGCCCAGAGCCAAAGGGCAUGUUAUCAGGAGUGUGACCAUGUCCUUACACCACUGACCAAAUCUGGCCAUUCUGAUGUGUUAGAAGGAAGGAUAAUUUCCCUGUGAUUUCCAUAGUCAGAGUGUUGUGGGGUGUUUCUGCUCCCCAGUGGAAAGCUUUUCUCUGCCAUCUGCUGUCUCACUUGCCUUCAAUUUGUGAAGAUCCCGACAACAGCUUCUGCUGUGUAAAUCCAGAAAUUGGAUAAGGCAAUGGAUAUUCUUUUGACUGUUGGUUUUUGGGGGCAGGUCUUAACAGAUGUGGCUGAUUUCCUUCCCCUGGCUUUCUCUGGUAUGAAGAAAGUUUUAUAGCACCAGCCUUGUCUAGAGGUGUAU